CGGCUCAGAGGGCGGUCGAGGCAGAUGUACUCGCACGGCGGCGGGCAGCGACAGGCAAGCACGGCUGGCAGGCACGAAAAAAACAACGGCAACAGCAGCAGCAGCAACAGGCAGGGACGGGCAGAGACAGGCAGGCAGGGCCCCGACGAAGUGCGGGUCCAUGCAGGUCCCCGUCAAGCGCUGUGGUUAACCCAUAAACACCAAGCUACAUGCGCAUAUGAAACAGCUUGGCGGAGAAGAUCCCUGGCAGCCACCCGCGCGCGGCGAGUCGUUCGCCGCACACCAGCCAACGCACCGCCUGCUUGCCUGCCUGCCUGUCUGUGUACCGGUUGCGCUGCCUCCGCGAAUUGGUGUCUGGUUGUCCAGCGAGUUGCGUGUCGAGCGGGCGGGCGAAACAUGCAUGGCAGGACAGCUGACAGGUCCAUGUUUGUCCAUUCUUGUUCCCAUUUAUCCCAUCCAUCAUCUGUGCAUACAUGUUCAUGUACGUGCCAGGGACGGGUGGUGCACAGUCGUGCAAAUCCCAGCCUGGGGGGCACUAUACCAUACAAUGCGCGAAUGCAAUUAAUCAAACCACAAUUCGAUAUCACGGCUAUGCGGAUUGGACGGAAAGGAAUUGCCAGACCAGCAGAGCGUUGCCGUUUAGGAGUCUGA